UUCUUAAAUAGAACGAGAACGUCAAAAAAAAAAAAAAAAGGAAGAAGAAGAAGAGAGAUACGUUUCUCUCUCUUCGGCUUUGCUUUCUCUCUCACAAGGUUUUUAUUUCGAUGCGAUUCUGAGCACAGAGAUCGGUUUGAGAGGUUCGCUUCGUGGUUGUUUGCUCCAAAGAGAGUUGAGAAGAUGGACCAUGACAAGACAGGAUGCCAAGCUCCUCCUGAAGGUCCUAUCCUGUGCAUCAAUAAUUGUGGUUUCUUUGGAAGCGCGGCCACGAUGAACAUGUGUUCCAAAUGCCACAAGGACAUGAUGCUGAAGCAGGAGCAGGCUAAGCUCGCUGCAUCUUCCAUUGGAAGUAUUGUCAAUGGAUCAUCAAGUAGCAGCGGGAAUGAACCUGCUGUUGCUGCUGCAGCUACUGGCGUGGGUUUUGAAACCAACCCAGUUGAGCCAAAACCUAUCUCUGUGCCAUCAUUUGGCUCGGGGUCGCAGAGUGAUGAGGCAAAGCCGAAGGGGGGCCCAAAACGCUGCACCAGCUGCAACAAGAGGGUAGGAUUGACGGGGUUCAAUUGUCGGUGCGGUAACCUCUUCUGUGCAGUACAUCGCUACUCGGACAAACAUGACUGCCCCUAUGACUACCGCACUGCUGCACAGAAUGCUAUAGCAAAAGCCAACCCAGUGGUCAAGGCUGAGAAGCUCGACAAACUAUAAAGGCUGAUAAGAGUGGUGUUGCAUUCUGAAAUGUGAUGGUCGUUUACAUGCAUGAGAUGGCUUCUGAGUUUGCUGCAGCAAUAUCUUUAUCGAGUGCCCAUUUAUCUUGUUAUCUCUACUUGGAGGCCUUUUGUGACGUCUCUGCAGUUUGAAGAACUCUAUCUUUGUUGUGGUUGGCGAGAGUUUUGUAUGUUGCAUCGGUGUCUUUUUAAGUUGUAAUUCUAUGCUCUGGUUUACUCGACGUUUGUCAUGGUCACUUUGUAAUAUAUUGUUCUGUUUCAUGUGGCAUUUCUUUCUCUAGCAGGCAUAUUCGGUAUGUGCAGAUCCCAAAUGAUAUCGAAAACAAUCCAUACAGUCUCGUGAUGAUGUUAUAAAUUAUAUUCAUAGUUUUUAAAAGUUUCA